UUCCGGCAGGCGGGCUGCCAUGGAGACGGAGCGGGCCGCGGCGGGGCUGGCGGGCACGCUGCGGGCGCUGAACGGGGCGUUGUGCGGGGCGCUGGGCCGGCCCGCCGCGCUCUGGGUGAAGGAGAGCGGCGCCCGCAACCUGCGGCAGCGGGACUUCCUGGCGCCGCGGGCCGCGCUCCGCGCCGCCUUCCCCGGGGGGCAGGUACCCGCUGACGUCGUGGCGGGCGUGGCGGCGCUGGGAGGCCCGGGGGUGCUGCCGGUGCGGGGCUGCCAGGAGACGCCGGCGGGGCUGGCGGUGCAGCUGCGGCGCCCCGAGGCCUUCCGGAGGCUGCUGGGGCCCCCGGGCGGCCCGGCUCCCGCGGCGGGGCAGCCGGCGGGCUGGGUGCUGCUGCACUGCCCGGCCCUGCGCGGCCCCGCCGCCCUCCGGCCCCGCCAUCUCCGCCCGCUCCUGCUGGCCGACCACCUGGCCCAGCUGCUGCGCACCCAGGGGGUCGGCGUUCGCCUGGUCCCUGCCCUCACUGAGGAGGGGACUCGAAAGGUCCUGCAGCAGCUCCACGUCGACUGGCCCUCCAGCUCCGGUGGCUCCGUGCUCCGUGACACCAUCUCAGCCUUGAAGCGAGCACUGGGCCAGUCCCCCUGUGCCACAGGCUGGGAGCAGGGGCUGGGCACGGCCACGCUGCCUGAGGAUGUCAUCUGUAAAGUGCACUUGAAGAGCUUUGUGGAGCAGCAGGGCUUGGUGGGCUAUGACCCCAACCUCGAUGUUCUUCUCGUGACAGAGGGGAAGCUGCAGUCCCUGGCUGAGCUGCAGCAAGCCCUGCUGCAGGGCAUGGCUGGAGGCCAGGGGAGUUGCUGCAGCAUCGUGCACGUGGUGAACUGCGAGGAUGAAUUCCAGCAGCAGCAGCUGGAUCUGCUAUGGAGAAUUUUGGAUCCAGGAGCCCACACAGCUUUGCAGAAACACCUUGUCUGUGGGCCAGUGAAGGUGACAAACCCCUCAUCACCCAUCGGGGCAGACCAGUACUUCCAGCUCCGAAGGCACCAGAUGUUCGAAGCCUCCGUGAUGAAGUAUGGGGAGCUGGCACAAGAUGAGGCCUGGACUGAGGUGAUUGACACCCUCACAGCAGCUGCCAUCCGGUUUGAGAUACUGAGCACUGCCCACCGGAGCCAGAUCACCCUGGACCUGGAGGACAGCAGCAUCUCCACGAAGGGAACCAAGAGUGGUGCCUUUGUGAUGUACAACUGUGCCCGGCUGGCCACGCUCUUUGACACCUACGAGCGGGCUGUGGAGCAGGGCACUUAUCCACCUCUGCCACCAGCAUCAGAACUGAACUUCUCCUGCCUCCGGGAAGAGGGUGAAUGGCUCCUGCUCUUCAACUAUCUCCUGCCCUUCCCUGAUGUCCUGCAGCAGGCAGCACAGCUGCCCACAGCCACCAAAGGGAUCCGGAUCACAGCCAACACAGAGGCAGUGUGCAAGUUCCUGAUCCAGCUCAGCAUGGAUUUCAGCUCCUACUACAACCGGGUCCACAUUCUAGGGGAGCCGUUCCCCCACCUCUUUGAGCAGAUGUUUGCCCGCCUGCGGCUGCUGGGAGCAGUGAGGGGUGUGUUCCACAGCGCGCUGGAAACUCUGCACCUCCCUCCUCUCAGCCAGAUCUGAGCCACCACUGAAGAGCUGUGCCACGCUGUGGCAGGCACCAGGACAAUGUGCCACCAGGGGAAGGACAAGGGAUGUCCUCCCUGGCAGGGCCAGGGGGCUGCCCUGCUGUCAGACAGGGAGUGAGGACCCACCUCAGCCCCACUUAGGAGCCUCUCCCACUGAGGCUAUGGGUACCUGCACCCUGCUGCUGUGCCCAGCAUGGGAGGGGGUGCCCUGCCAUAUCCACACCAGCAGAAAGGAGGAUGCCUGUGGCACCCUGCAAGCCAGGCUGGGGAGUGCAAGGGACCAGUCGCCACAAAACAAGGUGCCAACAUUGCUCCCCUCAAAGCUUUUUAUUGAAGAUUGCUCCAUGCUGCCAGGGAGCUCCUGAGGUUUAUGGCCACAAUACCGGAGUCCAAUACACUUGUUGCUGGACAAA